UGUGAUGCCUUUGGGCAUUUGGGUUCCUCACUGGGCACCAUAAGCCAGCACAGUGUUACUUUGGGUACAUUAGGUACAGCACAGUAUUACUUUGGGUACACUGAGUACAGCACAGUAUUACUUUGGGUAAACUGAGUACAGCACAGUAUUACUUUGGCUACACUGAGUACAGCAUAGUUAUUUUGGCUCUUCUUUGCUUUACUCCUUUAGCGUAUUGUAGACACAGCUAGAUGACGAGUUGAUCCUAAUCCCAAUCCUGUCGAGUAUGGUCAGCAGACUGCAAUUCUGACCAGGAAUCGCCUUUGACACGUUUGAUAUUAAAACUUUCUGGGACUGGAAAGGACACACAGCAGGUGCUCUGCCAGUGGAACAGAUGUCUUCGGUCGUAGCCCCGGCCAAGUCCGCCAGCACUAUGGGCCCCAAAGAAGUGGAGCUGAUUCUGGUUAAGGAGCAGAACGGGGUGCAGUUCACCAGCUCCACCUUGGCUAGUCCUGCCCAGACGCCCCCCUCGGGCGAGGAGCGGGAGACGUGGGGCAAGAAGAUCGACUUCCUCCUCUCGGUCAUCGGUUUCGCUGUGGACCUGGCCAAUGUCUGGAGGUUCCCUUAUCUCUGCUACAAGAACGGAGGAGGAGCCUUCCUCGUGCCGUACCUCUUCUUCAUGCUGAUAGCGGGAAUGCCGCUCUUUUACAUGGAGCUGGCACUGGGGCAGUAUCAUCGUGAAGGAGCUGCCGGUGUAUGGAAGAUCUGCCCCAUAUUUAAAGGUGUGGGGUUCACCGUCAUCCUCAUCUCCUUGUACGUUGGAUUUUACUACAACGUCAUCAUUUCCUGGGCCCUCUUCUACCUGUUCUCCUCCUUCACUGGAGAUCUACCUUGGGUCCACUGUAACAACAGCUGGAACAGCGCCAACUGCUCCGACCUCUGGUCCUUCAACACCACCCUCAAUGACACCCACAAGUCCACCCCAGCAGCUGAAUACUUUGAGCGAGGCAUGUUGCACCUACAGGAGAGUGAGGGCAUCCAUGACCUGGGGCUGCCUCGCUGGCAGCUCACUUCCUGCCUCGCCGUGGUCAUCCUGGUGCUGUAUUUCAGCCUCUGGAAGGGCGUCAAGACGUCGGGGAAGGUGGUGUGGAUCACGGCCACCAUGCCCUAUGUGGUCCUGACCGUGCUGCUCCUGCGGGGCGUCACCCUUCCCGGGGCCAUGGACGGCAUUAAAGCCUACCUGAGUGUAGAUUUCCUCCGGCUCUGCGAGGCUCAGGUCUGGAUAGAAGCUGCCACUCAGAUAUGCUUCUCUUUGGGAGUUGGGUUUGGUGUGCUAAUAGCGUUUUCAAGCUAUAACAAAUUCAGCAACAACUGCUAUAGAGAUGCUAUCAUCACCAGCUCCAUUAACUCCUUGACCAGCUUCUUCUCGGGCUUUGUCAUUUUCUCCUACUUGGGGUACAUGUCCCAGAAACACAAUGUGGCUCUGGAGGAAGUAGCGACAGAUGGUCCUGGUCUUGUCUUCAUCAUAUAUCCUGAGGCUAUUGCUACACUACCUGGGUCUUCAGUGUGGGCUGUCAUCUUCUUCAUUAUGCUGCUGACUCUUGGUAUCGACAGUGCUAUGGGCGGCAUGGAGUCUGUGAUCACUGGCCUCAUAGACGAGUUCAGGUUUCUGCAUCGGCACCGGGAGCUCUUCACUCUCCUCAUCGUCAUGUCCACCUUCCUCAUCUCCCUCUUCUGUGUCACCAACGGUGGGAUUUACGUGUUUACUCUGCUGGAUCACUUUGCCGCGGGAACAUCGAUCCUCUUUGGAGUGCUUAUUGAAGCCAUCGGCAUUGCCUGGUUCUACGGGGUGGAUCGCUUCAGUGAUGACAUUCGGGAAAUGAUUGGUCAUAGACCAGGACUCUACUGGAGGAUGUGUUGGAAGUUUGUGAGCCCUUGCUUUCUUUUGUUCAUGGUGGUUGUCAGCUUUGCGACUUUCAACCCGCCGAAUUACGGGUCGUACGUGUUCCCGAUGUGGGCGAACAUGCUGGGAUGGUGCAUUGCCUUGUCCUCCAUGGCCAUGGUGCCCCUCUACGCCAUUUACAAGUUCUGUACUCUGCCUGGAAGAUUUUGUGAUAAAGCAGCCUAUGCCAUCACUCCUGAGACGGAACAUCACCGGGUAGAAGCCGGUGAAGUCAGGCAGUUCACGCUUCAUCACUGGCUUGUGGUCUGAGUUGUCUGUGGAUGAGGAACCUUGGCUGGCUAAGUUAGACAACUUACAGUCUGUGCUUUGAAUCCUGGGAGGACGACUCUGUAAGUGCCAAAAAAAAAAAGGAUGUUCAAAAAAAAAAAUAAUAAUAAUAACAUAUUCUCUGUAAUUAGUUGUGUGCCUGUGCUGUGACUUUGAUCACAAUGUUUCUGACUUGAGUCAAUGUCAGCCUUGAUUUUGUAUUUCACGACUGUUAUAUUGGAUAAUGAUACCGGCGAGUAUUUUAUUGUGGCAUGAAGUAAACCUGAGCCAAAAGAACCAGAUUGAUGCAAACUGUCGAAGGAAAUUCAAGUAAACAUAUUUCUUUUAAA